AUGGCACCGAUGCUACUCUUCUUGGGGUCAACUGCAUACGAUGUAUCGACGACUCCAAGAACGCCACUGGUGGUGCCCGAGUUAUGGCGAACUCUCGGAUCGGCAAUGUCCCUACUUGAGAUCCUAUAUCUGGGCUCUGCUACCGCUGCUGGCAAUGACCCUGGCGAUAACCUUGGCGAUGACCCUGGGUCUGACUCGGAGUCCGACCCAGGGUCCGAUACGACUCCUGAAGGCAAAGGAAGCCGAGCUUCGACGAAAUGGGGCUUUAACGUCCAGAGAAUGCAGAAGGAUCCCAAGGAGCUCCAUCGAUAUGAGGAGAGUGAGGUUGUGAAGCUCAUCAAGCUCAGCCUAGGCGACGAGAAGUUGACGGACAAACGCGGGGAGCUGGCCGAACAGAUUCAAAGGUUGCAAUUACGCCAGUUCAUCCUGGGCCGAGACCAUAUUCUCCAAGAUUACCUUGCUUGA